AUGAAUGUGAAAGUGGGCAUGGCAUCCCCAGUUCAGGACGAGAUGGCUACACCGAAACUAGCGGCCGGAGCUGGAGAGACGGGUGGAGUCCUUGCUCAUGCCCUGCGCAGCAAGCUGCAGCAACUCCGGGCGCAGAUGUUCCUGAAGGAGCAGGAAACUCACAGUGUUCAUGGGAUGAGCUUAGGCAAUGACUUCGUCAAGGUGCCACUGCCUACAGAAGAAGCUCAUGCGGCGGAGCCCAUGCUGCUGCCUCCUCCCGAGCCACAUUCCGUGCAGCGACCGCAAAAGAUACUCCCCAUGCCCGGCAAGACUAAUCACGUCACUUCGAAAGGAUCAGCGGGACACCCUUUUACCUGUGCAGCUGCCUGCCGGUACGUCAAGCGCAAGGGCGGCUGCCGAAAUGGCUCCGACUGCCUUCUCUGUCAUGAGUGCUUCUGGUACAAGACAUCUGCGAAGCACAACGAGACGAGGACAACUGGCCGGGUUCUUGGACAGGAAGCCGGUCGAAGUCCUGUCUUCCUCUCGACCUCGGAGGAUCUGGCAGACGACUUCACGCCACUUCCAUCUUUCGAAGCAUGCAACAUGUAUCCUCAGGGGGACGCCCAGCCCGCUUCCAUUGUGGAAAUGGACACUUGUCCGCAGGGCAUCACGUGGCGCUUUGCAAGGCUGCUGCGUGCGAGCCACUCCUUGUCCGACAGGGAAGAUGCCGGGACGACCGUGGCCAUGCUACAAUGUUGUGCCACACCGAAUGUGCAGUUGCGCUUCACCACGGACGGCCAGCGCCUCACGGGAAUUCCCGCGAAACGACAGGCAGUCACCAAUGCAGAGAACACCGUUUUUGCGGCGAAACGCCUUAUCGGACGUUCCUACGACGACGAAGCCACACAGAAGGACAAGAAGGUCCUGCCCUACAAGGUUGUGCGUGCUCCGAACGGUGACGCCUGGAUCGAGGCCGCCGGCGAGAAGUACGCCCCGAGCCAGAUCGGCGCCUUCGUUCUGACGAAGAUGAAGGAGACCGCAGAGGCGUAUCUGGGACGAAACGUGGGCCAAGCCGUCGUCACCGUCCCUGCGUAUUUCAACGAUGCGCAGCGACAGGCAACCAAGGAUGCGGGCAAGAUCGCCGGCCUCGAGGUCCCGCGAAUCAUCAAUGAGCCGACGGCAGCGGCACUGGCCUUCGGCAUGGACAAGGGAACCGAUGGCCAGAUCCUCGCUGUCUACGACCUCGGCGGAGGAACUUUCGACAUUUCCAUCUUGGAGAUUUCUGGUGGUGCACCUUUGACGCAGACUGGGCGCGUUCUGGGCGAAAUGCAGUGUCGUCCGGCCAGCGAAAAUUCCAUUCUUCCCGUUCCCAGCCCUCGUCUGGACUUCACCCAAGGGGAAGACAGACUACCAGUUCUGUCUUUCUUCGGGCCGAGCACCAUAGAAGGCCGCCUCAACGCGGACCACUGCGAGGCGGUGGAGGCAGAAGAGGUGUGGAUCGAGACACCGCACCUUGCAUGGUGUUUGGACGAGCUCGAGAUCACCGAUGCCGACACCUGGUCCGAUGCUUGA